AUGGCGGAGCCGCCCGCCGCCCCCGGGUCGGAGGGCGAGGAGGGCCCGGUCCGCUUCGCCCGAAAGGGGGCCCUGAGGCAGAAGAACGUGCACGAGGUGAAGAACCACAAGUUCACGGCCCGGUUCUUCAAGCAGCCCACCUUCUGCAGCCACUGCACCGACUUCAUCUGGGGGUUUGGGAAGCAAGGAUUCCAGUGUCAAGUUUGCUGCUUCGUUGUACACAAGCGGUGCCAUGAAUUUGUUACUUUCUCCUGCCCGGGUGCUGAUAAAGGUCCUGCUUCUGAUGAUCCAAGGAGCAAGCACAAAUUUAAAAUCCACACGUACUCCAGUCCCACCUUCUGUGACCACUGUGGCUCAUUACUCUAUGGACUCAUUCACCAAGGGAUGAAAUGUGACACCUGUAUGAUGAAUGUCCACAAACGCUGUGUGAUGAACGUCCCGAGUCUAUGUGGAACGGACCACACUGAGCGCAGGGGACGGAUAUACAUCAAGGCGGAUAUAGAAAAAGAAGUUCUCACCGUUGUAGUAAGAGACGCCAGAAAUCUAGUUCCUAUGGACCCUAAUGGCUUGUCAGACCCUUAUGUGAAACUUAAACUAAUCCCCGACCCGAAAAGUGAAAGCAAACAGAAGACCAAAACUAUAAAGUGCUCUCUGAAUCCUGAGUGGAAUGAGACUUUUAAAUUUCAGCUGAAAGAGUCGGACAAAGACAGAAGGUUGUCAGUGGAGAUUUGGGACUGGGAUCUGACCAGCAGAAAUGAUUUCAUGGGGUCUUUGUCGUUUGGGAUUUCUGAGCUGCAGAAAGCAGGCGUUGAUGGAUGGUUUAAACUGCUGAGCCAGGAGGAGGGGGAAUACUUCAACGUCCCAGUUCCCCCCGAGGGAGAAGAAGGAAACGAGGAACUCAGGCAGAAAUUUGAGAGAGCCAGGAUUGGUCCAGGCGCCAAGGCAGCCGAGGAGAGGAUGACGCAUGCGAUUUCCAAAUUUGACAACAAUGGAAACAGAGAUCGGAUGAAACUGUCAGAUUUUAAUUUCCUCAUGGUGCUGGGGAAAGGAAGCUUUGGAAAGGUCAUGCUCUCGGAAAGAAAAGGCACCGAUGAGCUCUAUGCCGUUAAGAUCCUGAAGAAGGAUGUCGUUAUUCAGGACGACGACGUGGAGUGCACGAUGGUUGAGAAGCGAGUGCUGGCUCUGGCUGGGAAGCCUCCAUUCCUAACACAGCUUCACUCCUGCUUUCAAACAAUGGAUCGCUUAUAUUUUGUGAUGGAAUACGUGAAUGGCGGGGACUUAAUGUAUCAGAUCCAACAGGUUGGCAGGUUUAAAGAGCCCCAUGCUGUAUUCUAUGCAGCAGAAAUUGCUAUUGGCCUAUUCUUCCUACAAAGCAAAGGCAUCGUUUAUCGAGACCUAAAGCUUGACAACGUGAUGCUAGAUAACGAAGGGCACAUAAAGAUCGCGGACUUCGGCAUGUGUAAGGAGAACAUCUGGGAUGGAGCAACUACCAAGACCUUUUGCGGCACUCCCGACUACAUUGCGCCCGAGAUAAUUGCUUAUCAGCCCUAUGGGAAGUCGGUGGAUUGGUGGGCAUUUGGAGUUCUGCUCUAUGAAAUGUUAGCUGGCCAGGCGCCCUUUGAAGGGGAAGAUGAAGAUGAACUUUUCCAGUCCAUUAUGGAGCACAACGUAGCCUAUCCCAAAUCCAUGUCCAAGGAGGCCGUGGCAAUCUGCAAAGGGCUAAUGACCAAGCACCCUGGCAAACGCCUGGGAUGUGGCCCUGAAGGGGAGCGGGACAUCAAGGAGCAUGCCUUCUUCCGAUAUAUCGACUGGGAGAAACUCGAGCGCAAAGAGGUUCAACCUCCAUUCAAGCCAAAGGCUUGUGGACGGAAUGCGGAAAACUUCGACCGAUUUUUCACUCGCCAUCCACCCGUCUUAACUCCACCUGACCAGGAAGUCAUCAGGAACAUUGACCAAUCAGAAUUUGAAGGAUUUUCCUUUGUUAACUCUGAAUUUUUAAAACCUGAAGUCAAGAGCUAAGUAGCUGUGUAGAUCUCAUUCCUGCAUCUUUAUCACCCAGUCCCAACAGCUGUUGUGGUGACAUUCUUCAUUGCAAAAGUUGCAUUCAUGGUUUUUCUUUUGUAACGAUACUAGAGUGACCAUGUUUCAAAGCCAGAAGUGUCUUCACAUAAUUUGGGACCUCUCUGUAUGACAACUGUUGUGUGAAAAGUACUGCAAUUUAAUUAUGUUUUAAUCAAAUUUUACUCCUAGCUAAUGAUAUCAGUACAUUGACCGACAGAUCAUUAAAUGGGGUGUCUAACAGCUCUCCAAUUACAGGCCAUGACAAUUGGGAGAAAUCUAAAUAUUUGCCUUGCUUUCCUGUUCUUUCACUUAUCUAGCCCUUUAAUGUAAUCACAUGAAAAUAGCUGCUGUCAUUUCAGUCUGUUAGUGGCAAAGCAAGUGGUGUUCAUUAAAACUUUACCUGGGAAUUAAGUGUGGAACACUGAACUUUGCA